AUGAUUCCACAGGAACCUGUUUUGACGUCUCUUAGGAAGAAACGGUCGCGGAGGAGUUUGGCGGUGCGACAGGUGAAGCGCAGUCUCGCUGGGUUUGCUUUCGGUCUGUUCCUCGCAUCAGUUUACGGGGUCACAGCGCUUUACAUCCAACAUCACGACGUUUGGUUCUCCGUCAUCAGCACCACCAUCCUCGCCGUUUUCGCGGGGUUUGGAACUGGACUCUCCGAGCGCGUGCGCACUAAUGUCAUACUGAUGUUUCCAGUGCUGUGCUCGAUGAGAGGUAAAAAUGUGCUUCUUUUCCUCAUCUGUACCUUGGUGAUCCACGGCCCUGUGAGCAACACGAUGGAGAAUGUUGAACGGGCCGCAGACAGUGUGAUCUGUGGCACUGAACUUACCAUGAAUCAGACACAACAACUCCUGCAACGUGCUGCCAACCCUCUGCUACCGGCCCUGAAUAAGAUCAAGGAAAUGGCGAGGAAUGCUUACUCGAUGGCAGGCCGAGCACAAAACUUCAUCACGGCUCUUAGUGAAUCUGUCCGGCAUGUUGCCCGUUCUCUAAGAAACGUACUGCACUUUCUAGCAGAUAUCGGCGACGCGUGUAAUGACAAUCUGGGUCUGCCUUAUCAGAAGUGCACUGGACUGUUUGAUGAAGCCCGUGAGAGCUGCAUGGAGCUGCUGUCUGUGUUUUCGUUUUUCUGCCACCUUCUGGAUGGUUUCCAGACUCUCUGCGGACUCGCGCGCGUGGGACAGCUGUUCUGCAUCUUACCAUCAUACAUUGCAGAACACUUGAAGACCACUCUGGCUUACCCAACCAUCGCAGCCUUUGAUCGAAUUAAAAAAGAGUUUGAAUUCAACAUUUCUACCUCCAUCAACUUCAAGCUUCUCAUGAACAGCAGUCAGUCUAUGCAGGACGCGGCUCAGCAGAUCAUGGAGGAGGUGUCUGAAGAGCUGGUGCUCCUGCAGGAGCUCAAGGCCUUGCUGACAUACACAGGCUUCUUCAUGCUUCUCUUCAUCUAUCUCCAGGUCGUUCUAUACAAAAAUAAGUACCUCCAUAAUGAUGAAUUUGAGAACUUCUACAUAACGGACCAGUUCAUUGAGCUGGACAGGAAGUGCUCCAGACAAGGCAAAGCUACAGUACUUCCUCUCAGCCACAGAGAAACUCUCACCUACAUCAGGCCCUACUCUUUGUAUCUGACAGUGAGGGAAAGACGAGCUAUAGCAGGUCAGAUGUUGUCUUUGCUCAGAUUUGUGGUCAUGACCGUUGUCCUGAUAGCUGUUGACCUCAUGGUGUUCUGGAUGUUCGAGCUGGUUCACCACCUGGCCCAGGGUGAAAUCGUGGCACAAGCUCCAGUAGUAGUUGCAGUCCAAGUAAAUGGAUCUGGUUACGCCUCAGAUAUCUUCCGGGACAUUGCAGCCUCAUUUGACAUUCUGCAGAAAGGAAACAUCACUGUGAUAAGCAAGAAAUGUCUCGUGAAGCUUUCGGAACCUGACUACAUGAGAUACCUGCUCAUUGGUCUCCUUUAUGGCUUCACCUUGUUUAUUGUGAUUGCUGGUGGCUACGUCAAACGUUUAAGGAGGUUUGUGUGUGCCAGGUACCAUCCCGAACGAGAAAAAAAGAGGAUUCAGUACCUCCACAAGCAUAUUCUCACUCAGCGUGGGUCUUUGGGAAAAGCACUAAUGAAAGCUGUACAACAAAACAAGGUGGACCAGCAACAAGAUGGCAUUAUACAAACACUAGCCAAACAUCUGCCAGGGGGUUCCAUCAUAGCCAGGCUCUUGGAUAUCGGGAAAGAAUCUUGCAUGGCUUGUGGGAAAGUGUUGGAGACAAGAGGUUGUGAUGAUGAAGUGCACAUCUGUCCUACCCCUCGCUGCACAGGCCGUUACUGUUUGCUGUGCUUCAAACUGAUGGGGAAAAUCUGUGUUUUCUGCACAGGACCCCUCACAUUCCAGGAAGAGGAAGAGCUAGACUCCAGUGAUGAGGAGCAAACCUGUUCAGCUGAAACCUCACCUCAGAGCACAAGAGAAAAGAGUGCAAAGAUCAGUAUCUUUAAUCAGGAUCAUUCCGUAUGGAUCAAUUGCCAAACUAGCAAUCAAAAUAUGGAGGCUAUUAACAAAGUUUAA